AUGGACAGCAGUUCGAAGAAGAUCGUCACCGGCGACGCCGGUUACGUGCUCGAAGACGUCCCCCAUUUCUCCGAUUACAUUCCCGAUCUCCCUACAUAUUCCAACCCCUUGCAAGACCAUCCUGCGUAUUCGGUCGUGAAGCAGUAUUUUGUUCAUGACGACGAUACCGUCAUCCAAAAGCCUAUUGCCCACAAAAACGGUCCAAGAGGUUUACAUUUUCGAAGGGCUGGACCUCGUCAAAAGGUCUAUUUUGAGCCAGAUGAGGUUCACGCAUGUAUCGUCACGUGUGGAGGUCUCUGUCCAGGGCUCAACACUGUUAUCAGGGAGAUCGUGUGCGGAUUGCACCACAUGUAUGGUGUGAAGAAAGUUCUUGGAAUAGACGGUGGAUACAAGGGCUUUUAUUCUCGAAACACGGUCCCCCUUACUCCAAAAGUUGUCAAUGAUAUCCAUAAACGCGGUGGGACCAUCCUUGGAACUACGCGAGGUGGCCAUGAUACCUCAAAGAUUGUAGACAGCAUUCAAGACCGUGGAAUAAAUCAGGUUUACAUAAUUGGUGGAGAUGGAACUCAAAAGGGCGCAUCUUUCAUUUUUGAGGAAAUUAAGAGACGUGGUCUUAAGGUAGCAGUGGCAGGAAUCCCAAAAACCAUUGAUAAUGACAUCCCGGUCAUAGACAGGUCCUUUGGCUUUGAUACUGCUGUUGAAGAAGCUCAACGUGCUAUCAAUGCUGCACAUGUUGAAGCUGAAAGUGGCGAGAAUGGCAUCGGUCUUGUGAAAGUGAUGGGUCGUUAUAGUGGGUUCAUAGCAAUGUAUGCUACUCUCGCUAGCAGGGACGUCGACUGUUGCCUCAUUCCUGAGUCGCCCUUUUACCUUGAAGGGCCUUGUGGGCUAUUUGAGUAUAUAGAGAGACGACUCAAGGAAAAUGGGCACAUGGUCAUUGUCAUUGCUGAAGGUGCAGGGCAGGAGCUUCUUUCUGAGAGCAUGCAAUCUGCGGAUAAGAAGGAUGCUUCUGGUAACAAGCUUCUCCGAGAUAUUGGCCUUUGGCUAUCACAGAAGAUCAAGGAACAUUUUGCCAAGAAGGCUAAAAUGAUCAUAAACCUCAAACAUAUAGACCCUACCUACAUGAUCCGGGCUGUCCCAAGCAAUGCCUCUGACAAUGUAUACUGCACGCUUCUGGCUCAAAGUGCAGUCCAUGGAGCAAUGGCAGGUUAUACCGGCUUUACAAGCGGGCUUGUCAAUGGAAGACAUUCAUACAUACCUUUCUAUCGAAUCACUGAGAAGCAAAACAACGUUGUGAUAACUGAUAGAAUGUGGGCGAGGCUUCUGUCGUCAACUAACCAGCCUAGCUUUAUGAGCGCCAAAGAUGUUAUCGAGGACAAGAGAGAAGAUGAGGCACCGACCCGGUACUUUGAUAACCAGUGCAACCUGGAUAAGAGUAAUUUGGUCAACAAUGAGAUCUGCUAA